UCAGAAGCAUUUCUUACAAAUGCAAGAUAUUUCGAAUAUGAAGACAAUGAAAACGAUGAAUCAUUUGAAGAUGAGCAACAAACCAGAGAAAAUAUAGAAAAUGAUUAUGCCAUUGCUAUGCAGUUGCAAGAAGCACUGAAUGAAGAAACAUUAAAUGAAAAUACAGAUGAGAAUUCUCCUCGUAUGAAUGAAUAUGGGCAUUUUAGAGGAAAUUUUGAACAAUAUGUAAAUGAAGCUACAGAAUCAAAUCGAUCAUAUUACAGCGAAGAUCUGAAUGAUGAAAGUGAUGAUGAUUUAAAUAGAGGUAUUUGUUCAUAUUUAGCUAUUUUAAUUAAUGAUGGCUCUAUUCUGUAA